GAGUGAUGUGGCUCGUUCUGACUCUGUUAUUGCCGCUGUCUCUGUCUCUGGGAUACAAGGUGGAACCGGGAUGUGAUGACUGGACACUUGACCCCUCGUCCUCCAACCAAGUUUGCUGUAAUAAAUGUAAGCCAGGAAACCGUCUGGUGUCUCAGUGUGGUUCAAACACGAAGGCGCUGUGCGAGCCAUGUGAGAACGGAACAUACGCUGCUACCUUGACUGCCCUGUUCUGCAAAAGAUGCACCGAGUGCAUAAGUCCACUGAGAAUGAAGAAGCCCUGCAAUGCUUACACUGAUACAGUGUGUGAGUGUGUUCAGGGAUUUCUGUGUGGAGAUAAAUCCUGCUCCUUCUGUGUCCAAGAGUGUGGUAAAGGAGAAGAACCUACAGAAAACAGAGGUUGCCGGCCUUGCCCUGCAGGAACAUUCAACAGUCAGAUCCAUCAUCACUGCGUUAAUUGGAGCAGCAGCUGUCCAUCACCAGAUCAGCAGAUCACGGCUCCGGGGACGGCCUUCAGUGACAUCGUCUGUGCUGAUCGAAAACCCACCAUGCCAACGCCAGAUGUUAAACCAAGUGAGAUUUCACCAAAUAAGAUUCCGCCAAAGACUGACAACAAAAAACCAGGGAUCAUGCUGGUCAUGGCUAUCAUUUGUGCCUGUUUGAUCAUCAGUUCAGCAAUGCCGCUGUGCGUGGCCAUGUUUUUUAAAAAGGAGAAGACAGAGAAAAAGCCACCCAAGCCUGUGGAAACUCCAGUUGCAGGGCGGAGGCUGGUGCCUGAACCUGAGCAAUGCAGUUUCUGUUUUCCGCAGGAGGAACGCGGCAGUCAUUCUUCUCUGCUCUUGGACGACAAGCCCUUUGAGCUGGUCGUGUGAAACAAGAUUUCCUCAUUUUUAUAAAUAGUUCCUUCUAAAACAGAGUUUUUCAACACAGCUUCAUUGAUUAAAAUUUUGAAUCUGCCUGGUGCAGGAUUAUUUAUGUGUAACUAAAGAAUAGGAUGUAAUGGAUAGUUUGCAUUUUUAUAUGUUAUUAUUAUUAUUAUUAUUUCUUCUUUCUGUCAGUGCUAUAAUUUAUUUCAUUAUUAGAAUUGUUUGACUAUUUUAUUUUUACUACUUUUUGUUUCUUUAUUUCUGUUUUUCUUCCCACUGUGAAGGACUUUGAGUUGCAUUUUAAAUGUAUGAAAGAUGCUAUAUAAAUAAAGUUU